AUGGGCAGUUCAUUGGUUCAUGAGGAUCCCCAAGUUCACAUCCAAAAUUUUCUCGAAAUCAGUGAUACCUACACUCCAACUGGAGUGAACUCAGAUUACGUGAGGCUCACCUUAAUUCCCGUUUCUCUGCUAGGGGAAGCAAAAAGAUGGUUAAAUUUUGAGCCCAUGAACUCCAUAACCUCUUGGGACAAUCUUGCACGGAAGUUCCUUAUCAGGUUUUUCUUAUCUGGGAAAAUAGCUAAGUUAAGGAGUGACAUACUGAGCUUCCGACAAAAAGGAGGAGAGAACUUGUACCAGGCUGAGUACAUGUUUAAAUCGAUUUUGUUAAGCUAUCUACACCAUCAUCAGUCUCACGAGGUGUUGGUCCAUACCUUCAUUGAAGGACCGGAACCCAACACCAAGAUUUUACUUGAUUCAGCUGUAGGUGGACAAGAUUUGGAGAAGACUUAUGCUGAGUUGUUCACCCAGUUGAACAAGAUUUCACACAAGUUAACCCCGAGUGGAAUGGAUGAGAACAUGAUGAACACUCACUUCAGCAACCUAUCAUUGGGACAACAACCAGCUCAAGUGAAUGCAGUCCAACAACCACCCAUAUGGUGUGAAAUUUGUGGAGGAGAAGAUCAUAAUGCAGAGGUAUGUGGUGCAAACCCAGAUUCUGUAAAUUUUGUAGGAAAUGCACAACGUGGAAGAGAUCAUCAGAAUUAUGGGAACUUCUAUAAUCCCAGUUGGAGGAAUCAUCCUAAUUUUUCUUGGGGAGGAAAUCAAAAUCAGGCCCAAGGCCAGAAUCAAUAUAGACCCAGGGGAAUGCACAUGGGUAUUAACAACGAGCCCAAUGGGAGAAACCUAGUAAUCAUCAAACUAACAUGA